AUGCGCGCGGCUGGCACGUACAAGGUCGAGCGGGUGAUCGAAAGCCCCCAGGCAGGGGCGGUGAAGGUCUCUGGUGGGUCAGAGCCCGUCCUCAACUUUUGUGCCAACAACUACCUUGGCCUGUCGAGUCAUCCGUCAUUGGUGGAGGCUGCCCAGAGCACGCUGUCGUCGCACGGCUUCGGCUUGUCCUCGGUUCGCUUCAUCUGUGGCACACAGGAUCUGCACAAGCAGCUUGAGGCUGCCAUCAGCAAGUUCCACGGUACGGAGGACACCAUCCUCUUCCCCUCCUGCUUCGAUGCCAACGCGGGGCUCUUCGAGGCCUGCCUAGGCCCGGAGGAUGCCGUGAUCUCGGAUGCGUUGAACCACGCCUCCAUUAUCGAUGGUAUCCGGCUUUGCAAGGCGCAGCGGCACCGGUACAAUCACAUGGACAUGGCGCACCUUGAGGAGAUCCUCAAGGAGUGCGUCGCGAAAGGCACGCGCCAGCGGAUGAUCGUGACGGACGGGGUCUUCUCAAUGGAUGGAGACAUCGCGCCGCUUCGCGAGAUCUGCGACCUCGCGGACAAGUACGAGGCCCAGGUCUUCGUAGACGAAUGCCACGCCACGGGAUUCCUCGGUCGCACGGGCCGUGGAACUCCGGAACUGUGCGGGGUAGCAGACCGCGUGGACAUCGUCAACAGCACCCUCGGCAAAGCCUUGGGCGGUGCAACUGGCGGAUACACCACGGGACCCAAGGCCUUGAUUGACCUCCUGCGCAACAGAGCCAGGCCUUACCUCUUCUCCAACACGCUGGCCCCCUCAGUGGCCGGGGCAUCACUUCAGGUCUUCAAGAUGCUGUCUGACGAGGCCAGCAGCAAGGACCUCCGGGGCCGACUAGAGGCCAACGUCCAGCAGUUCCGCUCUUCGAUGCAAGCUGCGGGAUUCAAGCUGAGCGGCCAUGAGAGUUGCCCGAUCGUUCCCGUCAUGCUCGGGGACGCCCGGCUAGCAUCGGAGAUGGCAGACGAGAUGCUGAAGCGAGGUAUCUACGUCAUCGGCUUCAGCUACCCCGUGGUGCCAAAAGGGGCCGCGCGCAUCCGAGUGCAGAUGAGCGCCUCCCACACGCCGGAGCAGGUGCAGCGCUGCAUCGACGCCUUCGUCGAAGUGGGCCGGGCGAAGGGCGUGCUGUGA